AUGACGCUCAUCGGCGCCGAGGGCGGGGGCUCGGAAUCAGACUCCGAUGAAAUCGACGCCGAGCGCGCGCAGGCGUCGUUACGCGCGUGGGAGAAGAAGUACCAGAGCGAACGCGCGUGGGAAGACUUGGAGGAAGAUCCUCUCACCGGACGCCUGCGCGUGAACGCGCGCGCGGUGGAGCUGAGAGCGCGGGAGCGCCGGGCGAAGAUGGCGUCCGCAGCCUUGCGAGGCGGCGCGGCGAAGGGGAUGAUGCGGUUCGCGUACGUCGUCGUGGAUUUGAGUCGCGCGGCGAACGAGGAGGAUUUCAGACCGAACCGCCUGAGCGUCGUCGGGCACUGCGCCGCGGCGUUCGUGCGGGAGUUUUUUAAUCAGAACCCGUUGAGUCAGUUGGGGAUCAUCGUGGCGAGGAACGGGGUGGCGGAGCGUCUGACGGAGCUGAGCGGGAGUCCGGAGGCGCACUGCGCGGCGUUGCGGAACGCCCUGGACGCGAGCGGAGAUUUUAGCCUGCAGAACACGUUAAACGCGGCGCGGACGUCGUUGAAGUCGAUACCUUCGUACGGGAGUCGGGAGGUUCUGUACAUUAUGAGCUCGCUCGCGACGUGCGAUCCAGGGAACGUGUGGACGGAGAUACAGGCAACCAAGGCGGCGAAAGUGCGCGUGAGCGUCGUCGCCGUCGCGGCCGAGCUGCACGUCGCGAGAAGAUUGUCGGAGGAAACGGGUGGGACGUACGGGGUGAGUAUGAACGCGGACCAUCUGGACGAUUUGAUCAUGGCGCACGCGCCGCCGCCACCGCUCGCCGAGGACGCGACCAAGUCGUGUCUGGUGCAGAUGGGAUUUCCCCAGAAGAAGCACGUGAGCAAGGACGCUCUGAUCGUGGGCACGCGAGGCGAUUAUGUUUGUCCGAGAUGCUCCGGACGAAUCGACGAACUUCCGUCGCAGUGCACCGUAUGUCGGUUGACGCUCGUGUCAUCGCCGCACCUCGCUCGAUCAUAUCACCAUCUGUUCCCUGUCCCCGCGUUCAAGGAGUACGCGAGCCGGAAUGUGUCCGCUAAGGAGAGUGGGAUAGUCGCAUUGGAGUGCUCCGCAUGUCUCGCGUCGAUCACCGACGCGAGUUUAGCUUCCGAGUGCGAGCACUGUUCGAAUGUGUUUUGCUUCGCGUGCGACAUUUUCAUCCACGAGCGACUGCACAACUGUCCACACUGCUCGUGCGCAACGCACGUGGAGUCGAGGAAAAAGGCAUCAUAG